AGUUUGAAAUCUUCCGUGUAUAUUUGAUGUCGAAGGGUCGAUCGCGCGGCGGCAUCGCAACAUGGGUCCUUGUCCUGUCGAUGCUCCUUGCCAUGAUCACGAUGGAUGUCACGGUCGCCGAGGAAGCCCCAACGUCGACGUGGACGCACAAACACGUGCAUGAGUUUGCCACGAUAGCACAAACGCGAGCGUCCGAGAUGGAGACGUCCAAGAAGCUGUGGAUAGCCUUGUACGGCGCCCGAGACGACCCGAUAUUGUCCGUGUUGGAUCAAGUAGGCGCCGAGUUGUCGUAUGCUGUAUCGUUUGCAUGGAUCUCAGCGGACGUGGCUCAGUCGUAUGGUCUCCAGGCGGCAACGCCUCCAAUUUUGAUCUUGUUUCGCGACGAACCAAAGUUGAACCCGUACCAAAAACGCAUGUAUCGGACGUUGGAAUUAGCGCAUCAGUUUCCAUCGCGCCUGGACGUCCGCGGCGUAAAGCGAGUCGUGCGGGACAAGGCGCCGUCCGCGGUGCUUACGUCCUGGCAAGACGACGACAUUGCGUGGGGCGUUUCCACCGAUGCCACCACGACCGCCGACUCAACAAAUCCCCCUCGCGUCAUCCUUGUGACGAAGAAAUCCUCGCCGUCGUUGCUGUACAAGUCACUCUCGAUCGAGUUUCCAUCGUUACGCUUUUUUGCGUUAGCGGAAUCACCGGCGGUCCUCGACCAGUUCCAAGUCUCGUCCGUGCCGUCGCUGCUCGUUGGCCCCUCGUCAUCUUCUCUCACGUUGUUUCAAGAAAGCGACGGCGACAUCACCAACGUCCACGACCUGCGGCGGUUCCUGCUGCCGCAUGUGCCCCAGAAUGCCGACCCUUCCUCCACAGCAGCGUCAUCCUCGUCGUUGUGGCUCAGCCGCGACGAGCUCGACGUGGCCGUGCGAAACACUUCCGCGGCAUGGCUCGUCGUAAUACAGUCUAAAUCGUCACCCAAUGUCGUCGAUCCGUCCUCGGACGAGUGGACACACACAAUCGCCGACCUUGAGCGCAAAGUUGGCGUUGAUCUGAUCCGCGUCGCAAUGGUCGACAUUCCUUCUUCUCCCUCCUCCUCCCACGGCAUCUUCACCGUGCCCUACGGUCCGUCCGUGUCCCUGGAGAAGGCCCCAUCCGCCGCGUCGCUUUCGGGCGUUGCGAAGCAACUCGUCGCGAGUUUACCCGAUGCCACGGCGGCGCUGUACGGCCCGUCCGACAUCCAGGCGUUCUUUGGCCGCAUGAUAACCACCCCCAACACGAUCAGCUUUGUCCUCUUCACCGCCAAACAAGACACGCCGGUGAUGGUGCAAGCCCUGGCGCUGUCGUUUCCGUCUCAAGUCCACGUCGGCGUCGUGUUUCAUCCCGACGACCAGACCAAACAACAGUUUGGAUUGAGCAAAUUGCCCGCGAUGGUGGCCGUCAUGUCCCCGCGCGACCCGUCCGUGCCGCGCGAUCAGUUCUCCAUGACGUUCUACGACAAGAAGCUCAUGGGGCCGCCAACAUAUGCCAACGUCCGUCGAUUUCUCGACCAGGUCGUGCAAGCGUACGUCGUACCCACCAACGAGCCAGCCAAAAACGCUGGAAAACAAAAGCCAGUAGUACACCCCGUGACGUCCCAAGCCGAGUUUACCCACGCCUGCACGUCGUUGUGUGUCGUGGGGUUCACGAACGGGCCGUCGGACGUGUCGACUGGCGCCAUUUUGAACGACGUGGCAGCCAAGAACCAACAUCCGCUCCAGUUUAUCACGGUGGAUGCAGUGUGCCAGCGCGAGUUUGCCGCGGCCCUGGGCGCGGACGCGUGGCAGAUCCCGACGAUCGUAGUCUAUUCCCCUGGCAAACGGCGCUAUGUCCGCCAUGUGGGGGGGCUAGAUGUGGACGCCACGCUCGCUUUUGUGCAGAGUGUGCUGUCGGGCAAGACCAAGACGAUCCCGCUGUCCACGGCGCCGGCGUUGGCAGAAGAAUGCGCGGGGAGGGCAGAGGACGAAGAUGCGGUGGUUAGCAACGACGACAACGAAGAUGAUGGAGACGUGGAGGACAUGCUGCGAGAAAUCCGGGAAGAAGAGCUCAAGCAAGCCGAGCUGCGAAAGCGACAGCUCCACGAAGAAGCCGAGGCGCGGAAACUCGCCCAAGCGGCGGCUGACGCCGCCGCCGCCGCCUCCAAAGCCAAAGAAAAGAAAAAGAAAACGACCAAAGCCUCGAAAGGCAAAAAGAAACGCGUGAAAACGCCGACCACACCUACGAAGGACGAAUUGUAAUUAGGUUCUAGUUCGAUGACGAGACUGGUAGUACUACUUAGUACUUUAGUAGUGCUAUAGAACUGGCUGAAGUUUGUGCUUGCAAUCAAAGUCAAAUAUAUUAAUGCAUACCAGUACUAUAAAUAGCACAAUUAAUAGUUGUAAAUAAUCAAGGACGAUGUACCAUUUC